CGAAGGGCCACCAGGACCGGACGGCGCCCGACUCCGCCUGCUGGGUGGGCCUGGACCCCGCUCGCCGCUGCACGUGGCCCGACCACCCUCCCACUUCUGGGCCCGGGUCCCGCCUGAAGCCCGGGGGCGGGGUCUGCGCCGCCUUCUCCGCAGGGUCCCCGCGUCGGCCCGGCGGCUCUCCUCGUGCACGCAGCGGGCCUCGGGGGGCCUGGCCCGCUCUCCUCCGCCUCCCCUCGUCUUCGCUCCGGGCUGGGGCCGCGCGGCCUGGCGGCCUCGCCUCAGCUCCCGGAGCGUGGAAGCCGGGGCCCGGCGGGCCCGCGCCGCGGCGGCCCCGAGGCGGGCACGUCAGCCGCCUAGCGCACAGUGGGCGCCCAGCACGGCGGCCCCUCCCGCGCCCGCUCCCGCCCGCCGCGGCCAGUGCGGGCUGCCUACCCUCGCAGAUCUGCUCCCACAGGGUUUUGCUCGACAGCUCGGCCACCUGCCCCGGCGAGACUGACAGCUCGGGGGGCGGGGACGACAAGGUGGGCACUGGUGUCCGGGUGGUGACCGACGACUCGGUCGAGCCGCUUGGCUCCACGCGCUGGACGCUGCGACUCGAAGCCUGUCGCGGCGCCAACGCCAUGGCCGCGGUUUCCACGGCAACCGUUAUCGCCGCGCGGCCGCGAACCGGAAGGAGCCGGAACUCGCGAGGACGGACCGGCGACUCGAAGUUGACUUCCGGGUCACGGUGGAGCGGGCCCUCACGUGGAGGCGGGGAGACUUGGCCUGCAGGAAUGAUCACCAAGACCCAUAAAAUUGACCUGGGUCUUGGGCUCCCAGAGAAAAAGAAGAAAAAGAAAAAGAAGAAGAAGAAGGUGGUCAAAGAGCCAGAGACUCAAUACUCGGUUUUAAACUAUGACGAUUAUUUUGUCGAUGAUGCUUCUAUUAGGGCUAUAUCCCCCGCUAAGAAUGUGGGCCGAGCACAAGCUCACGAGAUGCCUCUGGUGAAGAAAAAAAAGAAAAAGAAGGGCCAUGGCAUCCUUUUCGAGGAGAACCUGGAUUCUGAGCCCAUGUUGUGUGCCAGACGGACAGAGAAGUCACCCAGCCCCAAGAAGCAGGCCCUUGGUCACUCAGAGUCCUUCAGCAAGGAGAAGAAAAAGAAGAGGAAGUCCUCAUCUCUCAUUACAUCCCAUGGCUUGGUGGCAAAGACCUCUCCAGACACCAGAAAUGGUGAGGAGGUAACCAGAGUUGGGAAGAAGCUCAAAAAACACAAGAAGGACAGAAAGUGCCAGGACACUGCAGCCCUCUCCAGCCAGGACCCGUGGCUCUAUGAGGCUGGGGAUGCUCCGUUCUCAUGCUCCCUGGGGAAGGACAGCGAGGAGCAGGCUGCUUUGGGGCAAAAACGGAAGCAGGGGAGCCCCAGAGAACACAGCGUGAAGAUGAAGAAGAAAAAGAAAAUCCAUCAGGAAGGAGACACCCUCCUAGGCCACUCCAAGCUCCCCAGGUCCAGAGAGAACAGCCCUAAGAAAGGAAGUAAGAAGAAGCCAGUCGCAGUUGACGUUCCAGAAUACAUUCCAAUAGGAGAUGGCCCUAAGUCCCCAGGGAAGAAGAAGACAAAGUCCAAGAAGACUGAGCAGCCAGUGGUUGGGGAGCUGACUCUGAAAAGAAAAAAAAAGAAGAGGAAAGAGAGUGGGACAGCAGAAGACACUUGGGAGGAGGAGGCCGACGCCGACACAGACCUGGAGGUGGUGCUGGAGAAGAAGGGCAACAUGGACGAGGCGCACAUAGACCAGGUGAGGCGAAAGGCCUUGCAAGAAGAGAUCGACCGUGAGUCGGGCAAGACGGAAGCUUCUGAAGCCAGGAAGUGGACGGGAACCCGGUUCGGCCAGUGGGACACUGCUGGUUUUGAAAACGAGCAACAGAAACUGAAAUUCCUCAAACUCAUGGGUGGCUUUAAGAACCUCUCCCCUUCGUUCAGCCGCCCGCCCAGCAUGAUCGGAAGGCCCAACAUGGCCUUGAGCAAGAAGGCUGCGGACGCCUUGCAGCAGAACCUGCAGCAGGACUACGACAGGGCCAUGAGCUGGAAGUACAGCCGGGGGGCCGGCCUCGGCUUCGCCCCGACCCCAAGCAAAGUCUUCUACAUCGACAGGAACGCUUCCAAGUCUGUCAGGUUGGAAGAUUAAACUCUCGUGUCCUGUCCCCAAACAGCCCAGUUGCUUUCUUAUUUACUGUUGCAGAUGCAAGCCACCUGACAGUUGUCUUGACUCUCACACCUGUGAAGACGAGGACAGCUCUUGCGAUGGGCUUGGACGGACGGGUGGGACAGCGCGUGUUGGCAGCCAAGAGAACGCCUGUCCGUCAAAGCUUCUGUCCCUGGUUGCAUUAGUGAUAGUGAUAGUGGCUCACAGUUGAGGGUUUGGCAUGUGCCCAGCACAUACUGUCCCCACACUGAUAUAAUCGUGACCCAUGAAGUGGGUGCUGUCGUCCCUCCUAUAGGUGAGGCAACUGAGGUUCAGGGAUCAGGUAAUACAACUGUCUGGGGUCACCCACCAGUAGGUGCCACCUAUACUUGUGUACCCCAAGCCCUAAGUCACUACUUGUUACUCUGAAUGUCCCAUCCAGGGACUUUUAACCCAGAAUACUGAGAAUCGAAGAAACUCGUUCUGGGACAUUAAAUCUCACACAGGAAGUGGAAUUCAUGAUAAACCACAGCAAGCUUAUCUCCUUUCCUGUCAGAGUAGCUACAAGCCAAGAGGCCUCUGAGGUGCCUCCAGGCAGAUGUGGCUAUGCUGUUGGGAAAUCACCCCGCGGCUGUCCUCUUAGCUAAGUGCUGAGUGUGGAGUCCCUGUUCUGUGCGUCCACUGGAUUCUGAACAGGGCACCUGAGAGCACGUUAGUCGUGCGAGGCAUCCGAUGGCACAUCCCCAGGGAUAUCUCACGACUUCCCUGGGUCACAAGGAGAGAUCCCAGGUGCCUUCUGUGGAGGCCGCCUAAGGCCACGGAAGUGGCAUCAGCUGUGGCAUGGCUUCCAGUUUGGACUAUAAAGAGAGCCCCCGGUACCAGGACCUGUGUGACACAUGCCAGUCACACAGCAGAUCUCAAAUCUGACCUGGCUUUCUCCUUUGAUCUCAACAGUUGAGCUGUUUUGUUAGGAAGGAGUUAAGUGGGUGAUGCCUGCCUUUCCUGUCUUCCAAGGUGUUUCAGGCAGCGCUCGAUUCCAGACUGCAGCGCUUUCUAGCUUGCGGGUGCAAGUGUGGUGCAGCGCAGUCACAGGGCGCUGGGGCGCACUGUCACCUCGACAGCUGAGGCGGCCGAGGCCCUAAGCAGUGCAGCCAGACUGAAAGUGAAGAGGCUGGGGGUGUGGCUCGGUGGUCCAGUGCGCCUGACCGCCAUUCUCAGGUUCCCCGCGUCCCCCACAGGAGGACUGCUUUUCCCAAACACAAAAAGCACAUUCCAGAAAAGAAAGUUCCUCACAUCCCCUUGUCACUCACUACAGGCCCGCCUGGGCCUGCCUGGGGCUCACCGUGAAGCCGAAAGCCACUUCACUGUGCAAGGAAACACUGAGGCGCUUGCUGCCCGGAGGACAAGAUUUGAUUUUAAUGCUCUGACGGUUCCCUCCUCUUCACCACCAGAAUAACCUGGGAGAGGCCAAAGCUUAAGCCAGCCUGUGUGUAAAUGAAAAGAAAGUUAAAAAAAAAAAAAAAAAAAAAAAAAAAGCCUCAAUUCCAGGAGGGUUCCAGGCAGCAAAGAUGCUCUUUGGGAGUUGGUGUGACCAGGGCAGGAGACUAGCCCUGGAGGAGCAGGGUCAGGUCCUCGUCUGCAGGGGGAGCCGCAGGACCAGCUCAGCCAGAUGGGUCAUGUCGGGUUGUUUGCUUCGCCUCCUGAUGUAUUCUAGAGUUUUCACCUAAGAAGAAAAAGAUCCGCCUCAUUUUCGGUUCAUGACUUACCUGGCAGCCCAGUUCGCCGCGCGUCUGUCUGUGAGCUUACGCUUCUUAGCAGAGAACAGGGAGACAAGUGACGAGGGGGGAAUUGGAGUCUUUAAAGUAAAAUUUCUUCACUGUAACUUGCCCUUAAAAUCAGAUUUGUGUGAGACCAGGAAUGAAUAAAGUUUUUAAUGUGUGGUUUUUAUAAGGAGGACAAAAACCACCCAUAUUAAAGAAACCUGUUUUUGAUUUGAAGUCGGCACACCGGCAGGUCAUGCUUUUCAGCCCUCGGACGUGACCCAGCAGGAGUCUCGGGCCUGGUGCCUUUAACUUUUUUUUUUUGGUGCUGAAACCUGGGGACACAGUGCCUUUCUGAAAGGGGAGACGGGCCUCCAGUGCUCACCAUGGUCCUGGUGUCUGCGCAGCCGUGCCUCUGUGCCAGGUGCCACAGGUUGACGGACAGCUGGUUGAGCUUGCUGUUGCGCAGGUCCCCGUGGGCCACGAUGCUGUUGAAGAAAGACAGGCCCAGCACGCUCUGGCGCUUCAGGGCCUGGAAAACGGGAGGGGGUUACGGGUUGCGCGAGGGCUCGGGACGGGUCCAGCAGAGACCCUGUGCUGGCAGCGACUCUGCCCCCGCGCCAGCUCACCCUUGCCAGAGACUGCAGUGGGCAUCGUGGCCAGCAGCGGAGCCGACCUGAAGGGUCUCAUGGAGCCUGGGUCAUGCCCGAGUACCCCAGCCCACAUGGGAGAGGCGGCGACACCUUGGCAAGGAGAAGCCACCUGCGUGGGUCCUGCCCCAAGAGGACCAAGCUGUGCAGAUUGUCAGGUCAGCUGAGGGCUCUCCAAGACCCUUCUAGCGACAUUUUAGUAACGUGCGGGGAGCUUAAGAAACAAGCAGACGAGGUGUCUCACUGGCCAUCUGUUAUGACUUCUCAAUCAGCUUUUUACCCAAAGCUCAAUUCUCGGCUGUAACCAGCCUGUGGAAGGUGGGAUCUCUGGAGACGGGGAGGGUGGGCCUCCGAUGCCCACACGGGCGUGUCACAGGACCACCAGACCAAGGCCUUGUCCCCUGCACUCUCCAGAGGCUGUAAAUAGAAGAGAGCUGCUUUUCCUUCUUUUCCUGUGAGAAUUGUCACUUCCAGGAAGUGGUGAGGGCCUGGCAUCCUUCCCAGCUCUGCCACACCCAAAUACAACUUAAGGCUCCUGGUAAAAACGGGCAGCUCCUUCAUGUGUCCACGGGGCAGUUCUGGAAGCAGUGCCAGCAAUAGCGUCAGCACUGGGGUUUCCAACAGUGGAGCCCCUGCUGCCCUGGGGUCGUCACCGGAGGGCUCCAAUAGUCGUCCCUACUGAACUUCACGUGGCAGUGAUUAAAGAAAAAAAAAUGACGUGUUCGAUUUCAGCUUGGUCUACCCAUAUUUUUCUAAUAAAUGUGCACAUAUAGACAUUUUCCAUGUCUUGAUUUUUGUCCAGAUGAGAUAUUCUGCAGGAACAUUCCAGUUUUGCUAUUCUUUCAGAAUUGUUUGCGAGUCCUUGCCAUCAGCUCCCUCCCCCUCCCUCAAGAAAGACAAAUGUUAAAUAAAAAUAGUUACAAAUAUAUGGUUUGGGGUCUUAUU